UGACACUCUCUGAUCCCUGCUUACAGAGCCCAACUCUCACCUCCGCAUUCACCUCUUACCGGUCUCAUACGCGUGGGGUCGGCUCUGCCGACUUCUCUCAUUCCUCGGCUAGCAGGACUUCCCCGAUGGCUUUUACUCCUUACGGCCUAGAUUUAUGGAUGAUGUAUCUGGCGAUCGUCGAUGGGGCGACGGAGGAAGCGCAUGGUUCAUCAUCAAAUCAGGUUCUGAGACCAUUCCGGGUAACUUGAUUCCGAGAACCGGCAACCUCGCCCGUGAAAAGGAAUAGCUUCUGCUUGCUGAGAUAAACCCUCAAAUUUUGAACCACACUGCAGUACGCUUGCUUAUUAUCUCCGCAACCCCUAUCAAGACCAAGUUACUCGUAACUAGAUCACCAUGCGCAUUGCAAUCAUUUCCAAUUUGGUAGCCCUCGCGGCGAGGGGCACCACCGCCCUGGUUCUCAAGGUCAACACAACAUCCGGACCAGUGUAUGGCAUGAUCAAUGGUACAACUCCCAAUGUGCGGCAGUUUCUAGGCGUACCCUUUGCCGAGCCACCAGUCGAUGCCUUGCGCUGGCUGCCCGCCGUUCCCAAGAAGUCUGUGGACUAUAUUGAUGCCAUGGCAUUUGGUCCGUCGUGCCCGCAAUAUGAGAGUGCGAUCCCAUCCGUAUAUAACGUGGACUCGCGCAAUUUUCUCAUCACGGGUCCAACAUCCGAGGAUUGCCUGUCCUUGAACAUUUGGGCGCCCAAGAUUGGAUAUGAGGAGCACAAGAAGUUGCCGGUCAUCAUCUGGAUCUACGGUGGAGGUAGCUUAACGGGUGGUGGACGCAUCGGGUACCAGAUUCCCGCCCACUGGAUAGAGAGAAGUCAGAAACAUAUUGUGGUUGGAGUCAACUAUCGACUAAAUAUCUUCGGGUUUCCCCGUGCGGCUGGCUUGAAGUCAGACCAGCAGAAUCUAGGCUUUCUUGACAUCCGCCUCGGCGUCGAGUGGGUGCGAGACAACAUUGCCAACUUCGGUGGCGACCCUUCACGUAUCAGCAUGUGGGGGCAGUCAGCGGGUGCCGGCGCCACAGAUGCCUAUAACUUUGCCUAUCAGCAGGACCAUAUUGUCGCCGGUAUUAUACUGGACUCGGGCAAUGUGCUCGGCAGGCCCUCAACCUUAACCGCGACUGAUUAUGCGAACUUCACCUUUGUCGCCUCUCAUUUUGGCUGCGGCAACAGCAGUAGUGCACAAGCUGAGCUGGAGUGCAUGCGCAAGGUUGAGCAAACUGACAUUGAGGCUUUCCUGAAGGCGUACCAGGAUGGGGGUUUCAACCCAUCCAUUAGCUUCGUUCCGGCCGUAGACGGUGUGACUAAGUUUGAAGAUUAUCCUGCUCGUUAUGCAGCCGGAAAUUUCUCCAGGGUGCCAGCAAUCGCAGGUUCAAAUGCCGACGAGGGCACGUCGCUGUCAUCCUGGGUGGCGAAUGGCACUGCCGUCAACCAGACGGCUGCAGAUAUUAUUACCAUGCAAGAACUGUGUCGCGUUACUGAAACCUCCCGCGCUCGCCACGCGGCUGAAGCUACGACCUUCCAUUACUAUUACCACGGCAACUGGUCCAACAUUUCUCCCCGAUCUUGGGGGGGUGCUUACCACUCGUCCGAAUUGCCGCUAAUCAUGGGCACCCACGACAUCGUACACGGGCCUUCUACAGACUUUGAGAUAGCUGUAUCUCAUCGCAUGCAGGAUCUCUACUUAGCAUUCGCGGAGGACCCGUAUGCUGGACCUAUUGCGCUGGGGUGGCCGGCUUCGGCACCUAACAGCAGUGUCAUCGAGUUUGCUCCCGAUGAUGGCAUCGCCAGUCGGCGCGUGCUAGUAAGUGAGUUCGAGGGGAGGUGUGACGGUGCAGCACCGGUGGUGGGGGCCGUGCCCAUCUGAGGAAGGGGGGAUGGUCACACGUCGUUACUGGGAUGAAGGCAGUAGGGAUAGCGUAAAAGUAUGUAAUUCGUCACUGAGAAAAUACUAUCUAUCGUCGAGCUCGACCUCGUGGGGCAGGGGAACCCCCUACAAAAGUGUCGUUAGUGGAUAUCCAAAAGAUAUCUCACACUUACCCCGAGCAACGCC